UGGUAAGGCAGGUGUUGAGGACUGUCUUUCUCUCCUUCCCUCUCUCUACCUCGUUCUGUUGUUCCGAGUCAUGGCGUCCUCUCUGCUCAGCAGGCAGCUGGCCCUCUCCCUCCAGCAAAACCUCAGGCUCACUGCACCGGGUACACACGCACACACACACAUAUAGAGGUAGUAGGAACAGUAGUAUAGAGGUUAUAGUGGUAGUAGGAACAGUAGUGUAGAGGUUAUAGAGGUAGUAGGAACAGUAGUAUAGAGGUUAUAGUGGUAGUAGGAACAGUAGUAUAGAGGUUAUGGAACAGUAGUAUAGAGGUUAUAGUGGUAGUAGGAACAGUAGUAUAGAGGUUAUAGAGGUUAUAGUGGUAGUAGGAACAGUAGUGUUGAGGUUAUAGUGGUAGUAGGUACAGUAGUAUAGAGGUUAUAGUGGUGUGGGAAACCAUUAGUUUUGGGGGGUUUUGGGUUGGUUGGGCCAUGUUUGGGUUUGUGGGGUUUAUGGCCGUGGGUCCCCCGGUCUGGGUUUGGAACGGUGUUGGGUUUGGUUGGGGUGGCCCGUGUUGGGUUUGUGGUAGUGCCGCCGGUUGGGUUUGGGGUUUGUCGGGCCCUGGUUUUGGGGGUUUGGGUUUUGGGUGGGGUUUUGUGGCUUUUUUGGGGUUUGUAUUUAUUGGCGGGGGGAACCCGGUAGUUGAGGUUUUUAAGGUAGUGGGAAACAGUAGUAUAGGGUUUUUUGGGGUUUUUUUGGUGGUAAAAAAGGAACAAGGGUUGUAUAGGGUUAUAUGGUAAAACCCCCUAUUUAAAAGGGGUUUAUAGGGGUUUAAAGGAACGAAAGUUAAGGUUAUAGGGGUUUAGGGGGAAAGUAGGAAAUAUUUAAAAAAGGGUUAAAAUGGUGGGAAGGAACAUAGAAAAUUUGGGGUUAUAGAGGUUAAAAGUGGUAAAAGGGGGUAGGAACAGUAGUUAGGGGUUUUAAAGUGGUAGUGGGAAAACAUUAUUAAGGUUUUUGAGGUUAAAGGGUUUUAAAAAUGAACAGUGUAUAGAGGUUUUUUAAGGGGGUAGUAGGAACAAGAAAGGGUUUUAAAGGGUUUUAAUGGUAGUGGGAAACAGUAUUAAGGUUAUAGGGUAGGAGAACAGAGUAUAGAGGUUAUAGGGUAGUAGGAACAUUAGUUAUGGUUAGGGGUUUAUAAAAAGGAAAUUUUAAGGGAAAAACAUUUAAAAAGGUUAUAGAGGUUUAGGGUUAGUAGGAACAGUUUGGGGGUUAUAGGGUUUAAAAAUAAAGGGGUUAUAGGGGUUUAGUAGGAACUAGUAUAGAAAGGGUUAUUUUGGUGUGGGGAACAGAAGUUAGGGUUAUAAGGGUUUAUAGGGCCUUUUAGAACGUGGUAAGAGGUUAAAAUAGAGUUAUGGGGUAGUGGGAAACAGUAGUAUGAGGUUAUAGGGUAGUAAAACAGUUUAAAAGGUUUUUAGGGGUAUUAGGAAAUGGGGUUUAGGAAAAAACAGUGGGGUUUUAGGGGUUUUUUUUUUUUAUAGGUAUUUAGGAACAGUAGUAUAAAGGUUAGGGUUAUAUUUAGGGAACAGUGUUAGGGGUUUAUAGAUUUAGGAAAAAGUAGUUAGGGGUUUAUAUGGUAGUGGGAAAAUUAGUUAUAAGGGGUAUAGAGGUUUAUAUGGAAACAAAGUAUAAAGGGGGGUUAUGGGGUUUAUAGGGUUAGUGGAACAGUGUUUUGGGUUUAUAGGGGUUUAAAAAAUAUUUUGGUUUUAAGGUUAAGGGAAACAGUAGUGUAAAAGGUUAAAGGUGGGAAAAAACAGAGUAUAGAGGUUAUAGGGGUUUGUGGGAAACCAGUGGUGUAGAGGUUAGUUGUUUUAAAAGAUUUUUAUAGGGAAAAGGGUAUUAAAAAGGUUAUAGGGGUUCUAGGGGUAGUGGAACGUAGUAUAGAGGUUUUUUUAUAGGGUAGUGGGAAAACCCAGUAUUUUAAAAGAGGUUAUAGGGUAGUAGGAACAGUUUUAUAGAGGAUUAAAAGGGGUUUAAAUUUAGGGAAAGAAAGUAUAUAGGGUUUAUAGGGGGUUAAGGGGUAGUAAAAAACCGUGAAAUAGGUUUAAGGGGUUUAAGUGGGAACGGUUUUGGGGUUAUAAAGGGUUUUAUAGGGUAGUGGGAAAACAUUGGAACUAUGGGUUUUUAUUAGGUUAUAUAGGUAGAGGGAGGGGAACGAAGUAGUAUAGAGGUUUUGGGUUAUAUUUGGAAAACAGUAGGUUUUAAAGAGGUAUUUUAAAAGGUUUUAAAAGGAAAAUAGUAAAAAGGUUUAAAUUUUUUUUGGUUUAGUUAGUAGGAAAGUAGUAUAGGGGUUAUAGUUUAGAAAGGAACAGUAGUAUAGAGGGGGUUUUUAAAAGGAAGAUUGGGGUUAAGGGGAACCAUAGUUUUUGGGGUUAUAGGGGGUGUGGGAAACAGUAGUUAGGGGGGUUUGGGUUUAGGGCGUAAGUUUGGGUUUGGGGUUUGUCCGGCCCCGUAAAAUUUGGGUUUUGGGUAGGGGCCCGUUUUUUGGGUUUUGGGUUUGUGGCCCUGGGGUUGGGUUUUGGUUGGGUUUUUGGCCCCCUUUGUGUAGGGUUUUGGUUUGUGGUGUAGGCCCGUUUUUGGGUUUUUUGGGUGUGGCCCGUGUGUGGGUUUGGGUGUGGGGUGUUGGGUUUGGGUUUGUGGGGGGGUUUGUGGUUGGGUUUGAGGUUUAUUGGUAGUGGGAAACCUUUAUUAUAGGGUUAAGAGGUGUACAACCCUUUUGUAUAAGGUUUUUAAGGUGGGGUAGGAAAAGUGAAAUUAGGGGGUUUAGGUAGGAAACGUUUAAGUAUGGGGGUUCGGGUUAGGGUUGUGGGAAACCCGUGUUAGGGGUUAUGGGUUUAAGUGGAAAGGGGAAUGAGUUAUAGAGGUUUUAUAGGGGUUUUUUAUCGUUAGGGGGAAACAGUAGAUAGAGGUUAUAGGGUGUGGAAAACCAGUGUGUAGGGUUUUAAGGGGUUUGUGGGAAACAUAGUCAAAGAGGUUAUGGGGUUUGGGGGAAAAAACCCGUAGUUUGGUUUUUGGGGUUGAUAGGGUUUAGUAGGCCCGUAGUAGAGGGUUAAAAGGGGUUAAAAAGGGGGGGUUAUAAGGAACAGUAUUUUAAAAGGGUUUAGAUUUUAUAGGGGUAGUAGGAAACGGGGUUAUAAGGUUAGGAGUAUGGUGGUUAGGGUGGGGCCCGUAGUUUGGGGGUUAAGAGGUUAUAGGGUUUAGAAGGAACGUAUUUAUAGAGUUUAGGGGUUUAAAUUAGGGAAGAAAGGAACAGUUGUAAGGGUUUAGGGGUUUAAAGAACAGUAGUAUAGAGGUUAUGUGGUAGUAGGAACAGUAUUUAUAGGGGUAGGGUGGGAAAACCCGUGGGAAAAGGGGUUUAUAGAGGUGUGGGAAACCCGUAAGGUAUAGAGGUUAUAGGGGUUUUUUAUUUGGGUUUGGGGGAGAAAAAGGUAUAAGGUUAUAGUGGUAAAGGAACGGGUAGAUAGAGGGGGGAGGGAACAUUUUUUUAAAAGGGGUUUAGGGGUUGUGGGAACGGGUAGAAAUAGGGGAUUUUUAUAAAAAGGUUAUGGGGUUUGGGGUAGGGAACGGGUUUUGAGGUUAUGGGGGUUUAGGUUUGGGAAACAGAAAGUAUAGAGGUUUUAAUUUAUAUUUGGUAGAAAGGAAAACAGUAUUAUUGGUUAAGGGUUAUAGGGUUUAGUAGGAACAUUAGUAUAGAGGUUUUUGGGGUUUUAAAAAAGGUGUUAAAAGGAACAGUAGUAAAAAGGGGGUUUAUAGGGGUAGUAGGAAAGAGUUUAAGGUUAUAGGGAAAUGGGAACAGUAGUAUAAGGUUAUAGGGGGGUAGUAAACAGUAAAAUUAUAGGGUUAUAGGGGGUAGUAGAACGGGUAGUAUAAAGGUUUUAGAGGUAGUAGAAACAUUUAUUUAGAGGUUAAAAGGGGUUUUAAAAUAAAGGGUAUUAGGAAAAAUGGCAAAAAGGUUUAUGGGGUUAAAUUAUUUUGGUAGUGGGAACAUUUAUUAAAAAUUUUAUAGGGGUAAAAGGGAAACAGUAUUAUAGAGGUUAUAAAAGGUUUAAGUGGGAACAGUAGUUUUUUGAGGUUAAAAGGAAUUGGUAGUAGGAACAGAAAUUUUAAAAAGUUUAUAGGGGUUAAAGAGGGGUUAUUAAGGGUAGUAGGAACAGUAGUAAGGGGUUUUAUGAGGUUUAGGGAAAAGGGGAAAACCAGUAGUAUAGGGGUUUUUAGGGUAGUGGAAACGAAAGUUUAAGGUUAUAGGGGAAAUAGGAAAAAGUGUUUAGAUUUUAUAAGGAAAGGAACAGUAGUAUAGAGGUUAUAAAAGAAAUUUAGGGGUAGUAAAAGGGUUUUAAUAAAGGUUAUAGAGGUAUUUGGGAAAAACAGUAUUUAAAAAGAGGUUAUAGGGUUUUGGGUUUGUAGGAACAUUUGGGGGUUAGGGGUUUUAAUAUGGUAUUGGGAAACCGGGAUUAAAAGGGGGGGUUUGAGGAAAGUGGGAAAAAGUAUUUAGAGGGGUUGGGUUUAUAAAGGUAGUAGAACAGUAUUAGGAGGUUUAAAAUUUUGGUAGUAAAACAGUAGUAUGGGGGUUUUUAUAGGGGUUAAAAGUGGAAAGUAGGGAACGGGUAGUAAAAAGGGGUUUAUAGAGGUUAUAGGGGUGUAGGAACAGUAGAAAAGAGGUUAUGGGGUUAGUACGAAACGUAGUAAAAGUUUUGGGUAUAGGAACAUUAUUUGUAGGGGUUUUAAAAGGGGAAAUAGGAAACGGGAAAGUAUAGGGGUUAUAGGGGUAAAAGGAACAGUAGCCUAAAGGGGUUAUAGGGGGUUUAUAUGGUAGUAAAACCCGAAAGUAAUGGUUAUAGGUAGUGGGAAAAACAGUAGUUAAAAGGUUAAAAAGGGUUAAAAAUAUUUGGGGGUAUAGUUAGGGAACAGUAGUAUAGGGUUUAAAAUUAGGGUUUAGUAUGAACAUAGAAAUAGGGGUUUAUAGGGUAGUAAAACCCGUAUAAGAGGUUAAAUAAAAGGUUAUAGGGGUAGUAGGAACAGUAGUAUAGGGGGAUAGGGGUUUUAAAAGGGGGUAGUAGGAACAGAAAUUUUUAAAGAGGGUAUAUUUUGUAGAGGAAAAAAAGUGUUAGGGGUUUAUAGGAGGUUUUAGUGGAACAGGAAGGGGGUUUAUAGGGGUUAGUAAACAGUGGUAUAAAAGGUUAUAGAGGGGAUGGGUUUUUGGGAACAGUAGUUAGGGGUUAAAAGGGAAAUAGGAAAUAGUAUAGGGUUAAAAAGGGAAAAAACCGUAGUAUAGGGGUUUUAUAAGGAGUUUGAACAUAUAUAGGGUUUAUAGGGGUUUAGUGGGAAACGGGAGUAUAGUUUUGGGUUAGGGGGGUAGUAGGAAAACAUUGGUAAAAGGGUUAAAAGGGGUUUAUAGGGGUUAGUAGGAACAGUAGUAAGAGGUUAAAAUUGUGUGGGAACAGUAGUAUGGGAGGUUAAAAGGGGUUUAUAGGGGAAACAGGAAGAUUUAUAGGGGUAGUAGGACAAAAGUAUAGGGGUUUUGGGAAAGUAGGAAAAUUAGUUAGGGGUUAUGGGGUUAAAGGGGUAGUAAAAAGAAAAGGAACAGUAGUAUAGGGGUUUAUAAGUUUUUGAACAGUAAAAAAGAGGUUAAAAGGGUAGUAGGAAAAAAGUAGUUAGAGGUUAUAGGGGUGGAAAGGAAGUUAUUUAUAAAUUUAAAAGGGUAUUUUAAAACAGUAGUAUAGAGGUAUAGAGUUCGUAGGAACAGUAGUUAGGGGUUUAUAGAGUAGUAGGAACAGUAGUAUAGAGGUUAUGGGGUUAAAGUAGGAACGUAGUAUAGAGGUUAUAGGGGUAGUAGGAACGGGUGUUUUGGGGGUUUAUAGGGGUUAUAUUGGGGUUUAGUGGGGAAAAACCAGAAAUUAAAGGUUUUAUAGGGUAGAGGAACAGUAGUUAGAGGUUAUAAAGGUAUGGGAAAAAUAUUUAGUAAAAUUGGGGGUUAUAGGGGUUUAAGGGUAGGAAAAGUAGGGUAAGGUUUUUAAAAAGGUUUGAUUUUGGGUAGUAGGAACAGUAGUUAGGGGGUUUAAUAAUUAAAGGUAUUAAAGUUAGUAUAGGGGUUUUAUAGGGUAUUAGGAAAAGAAAGGGUUUUAGAGGUUAUGGGGGGUGGAGGAACAUUAGUAUAAGGUUUUUUUGGGGGGUAGUGGUGAUGGGUAGUGGGGAAAGUAGUAUAGAAGGGUAAAAAGGAACAGUAGGGUAGGGGUUAAAUAGGGGUUUUAAGUCGGAAGGGGAAAAGUAGUUAGAGGUUUAAAAAGGGAAACAGUAGUAUAGGGGUUUUAUAUGGUUUGGGAAACGUAGUAAAAAGGGGUUUAUGGAGGUAGUGGGAAACCGUAGAAAUAGAGGUUUUUAGGGUAGAAAGGAAACCCAAGGUAUAGGGGUUUAAAAUAGUGGGGUUAUAGGGAAGUGGGAAAGAGGGGUUUUGGGAAAACAUUAUUAUAGGGGUUUUUUAGGGUAGUAGGAACAGUAGUAUAGGGGUUUAAGGGUAGGGAACCCGUAGUAUAGAGGUUAUAGGGGAUAAAAUAGGGGUUGGGUGAAAUUUAGUGGGAAAGGGUAAAAGAGGUGGGAGGAACAGUGUUGAGGUUUGGGGUUAAAAAGGAGGUAGGGUAGAAACAGGGGGGUUAGAGGUUAUAGGGGUUAAAAUUGGUAGUGGGAACCAGUAGUAAAAAAGGUUUAUAGGGGUAUUUAAGGAACGUAUUUAAAAUUUAGGGUUAUAGAGGAGUAGGAAAAAUGUUAGGGGGUUUAUAGAGGUUUAUAGUGGAAAGGAAACGGGUGUAAAAGGGGUUUUGGUUAGUAGUUUUUUGAGGUUUAGGGUGGGUGGGAAAACAGAAAGGGUUAUAGAGGUUAAAAGGGUAGUGGGAACAGUGUAAAGGGGUUAUAGGGGGUUUUUUUUUUUUGGGGGGGGGUAGUAGGAACAGUAGUUAGAGGGUAAGAGGAAAUUAAAAACAGUAUUAUGAGGUUUUUAAAAGGUUAAUGGGAACCAGUAGUAAAAGAGGUUGUAUGGUAGUGGGGAACAGUAGUUUUAGAGGGGUAGUGGGGAAAGUAGUGUAGGGGUUUAUAGUGGUAUUGGGAACAGUAUAUAGGGGUUUAUAGGGUGGGUGGGAAAAACCGCUAGUAUAGAGGUUUAGAGGUAGGGGAAAACAGUGUAAGAGGUUAAGGGGUUUAGUGGGAAAAAACAGUAGUUAAGAGGUUUUUAAGGGGUUUGUAAAAACCGUAGUAUAGGGGUUAUAGAGGAAGUAGGAACAGUAGUAUAGGGGUUUAAAAGGGGUUUAAAAGGAACAUUUAGAAAAGAGGUUAGUAAGGAACAUUAUUAUAAGGUUUAUAUUUGGUUUAGUGGGGAAAACAGAGUAAAGGUUAUAGGGGGUAGUGGGAAACAAGUGGGAAUAGGUUAUAGGGGUUUAUGGUGGUAGUAGGAACAGUAGUUUAGUGGUUAUGGGGGUUUAUACGCCCCUUUAGUAUAGAGGUUUUUAAGGGGUUUGGGUAGGCCCGUGUUUUAAGGUAGUGGGAAAAUUGGGAUAGGGGUUUAUAAAAGGUAUGGGAAACAGUAUUUAUAAAAGGUUAUAGGGGUUAAAAGAGGUAGUGGGAAACAGUGGGUUAUUAGGAAAAAGGGCCAAAAGAAAAUUUCCUACCCCCCCUUGGGGCCCCGACAGACAGAAACAAAGGGACAUCCUUUUUAAAUAAAACCCUACAUACCCUGUGGCCAGACAGACAGAAACUAAGACAUCCUAAUGAUAUAACCUUACAUACCCUGUGGCCAGACAGACAGAAACUAAGACCAACACAGCAUUAUAUAAUGAAUGGAGUGUUUGUCCUUGUCUAAGGUUAAGUUGAAGGACCUUUUGCAGGACAAGUCAGCAAUACGGCAUUGCCAUAACUAUGUGUGUGUUUGUGUGUGUGUGUGUGUGUGUGUGUGUGUGUGUGUGUGUGUCGACAGGCUGCAGGUAUGUGAGUAAGGCAGCUGCUAAGACUCAGAUGGAGUUUGAAUACGAUGGGCCUUCCAUGAAGACAGAGGUCCCAGGACCACGCUCCAAGGUACCACACCACACAGUGGGCUAAUGCUGGGCCUGAUUCCAUGUGUGUCAGUAAUAGCAGAAUGAACCAGUAAGAAGAGUAGUUAUCUGUUAAAAGGCUUGUUCUGUUUUUCCUGUUCCGUGGUGACCUCUGUGUGACCCUGUGAUGGGAACACAGUGGACUUUACACACCCAUACUGAACACUCUGUUACACACAGGCUUCGUCCCAAAUGGAACCCUAUUCCCUGUAUACCUUGGCUGACCAGGGCCCAUAGGGUAGUGCACUAUAGAGGGAAUAGGAGACAUUUACGUACUGUCGAGGAACCACCCUGACAUAACAUCUCUCUCCUCACCCAUCAGGAGCUGACCAAACAGUUGGGCGAGAUGCAGGUACGGCAAGAGAGGGUGUGUGAGUGUUGAGUGUGUGUGGCUGUUUUCAUGAUGGAAUAAAAAUAUGCAUUCUUCGGGGGGACACUUGCAUGCGUGCACACACAACGCAGACACACACAGUCUGUUUUGGAGUUUAAUAUUGAUUGGGUAUUUAAUAGUGUAUAUUAUUAAAUAGACUGAGUUAACAUAAUGACUACCUUAUCGCUCUGUCUAGACUGAGUUAACAUAAUGACUACUUUAUCGCUCUGUCUAGACUGAGUUAACAUAAUGACUACCUUAUCGCUCUGUCUAGACUGAGUUAACAUAAUGAUUACCUUAUCUCUGAGUUAACAUAAUGACUACCUAAUCUCUGAGUUAACAUAAUGACUACCUUCUCUCUCUCUCUCUCUCUCUCUCUCUUUCUCUCGCUCCCGCUCUCUCUCUCACUCUCGCUCUCUCUCGCUCUCUUGCUGUCUCUCUCGCUCUCUCUCUCUGUCCCUCUCUCGCUCUCUCUCUCGCUCUCUCUCUCUCUCUCUCUAUCUCUCUCCCUCUCUGUCCCUCUCUGUCCCUCUCUCCAGAACGUGGGAGCAAUCAAUUUCUUCUGUAACUAUGAGGAGAGCAGAGGAAACUACCUGGUGGACGUGGACGGAAACCGCAUGCUGGACGUCUACACACAGAUCUCCUCCAUCCCUAUUGGUUAGUACACAGAUCUGCUCCAUCCUUAUUGGUUAGUACACAGAUCUCCUCCAUCCUUAUUGGUCAGUACACAGAUCUCCUCCAUCCUUGCUGGUCAGUACACAGAUCUCCUCCAUCCUUAUUGGUUAGUACACAGAUCUCCUCUAUUCCUAUUGGUUAGUACACAGAUCUCCUCUAUUCCUGUUGGUUAGUACACAGAUUCAUCUAUUCCUAUUGGUUAAUACACAGGCCUACUCCACCCUUAUCGGUUGGUGUCUAGAAGAUCUAGCUAGUCAUGUGUUCUAUAGUUUAUUAUUAUAUUAUAACAUUAUAUUAUUAUAUUAUUAUUAUAUGAUAUUAUUGUUAUAUUAUAUAAUAUUAUUAUAUUAUUAUAUGAUAUUAUUAUGAUAUUAUGAUGAUAUUAUUAUUAUAUUAUUAUAUGAUAGUAUUAUUAUAUUAUUAUGUGAUAUUAUUUUUUAUAUUAUAUUAUUAUUAUAUUAUAUUAUUAUUUUAUUAUUGUAUGAUAUUAUUAUUAUAUUAUUAUAUGAUAUGAUAUUAUUAUAUUAUUAUUUUAUUAUUAUAUGAUAUUUUUAUUAUAUUAUGAUAUGAUAUUAUUAUUAUAUUAUUAUAUGAUAUUAUUAUAUGACAUUAUUAUUAUAUUAUAUUAUUAUUAUGUUAUAUUAUUAUGUUAUAUUAUGAUGUUAUUAUAUUAUAGCACGCUGCAAACCAAAAGCUACAUACCUGAGAGGACCUUGUUGUGUUUUUUAGCGUGACAUUGCAACACAGAGAGCAGCUGGAGGUGAGAGACUUAGAUUACAUUACAGUGAUUACCUAUGUGUUAGUUAUGAUGAGGUCUAAGACGGAUAGAGCAGUUAAUGAUUACCUUGUCCUUACACAACAAGUUCCUCUCAGGUAUGUAGCUUUUAAAGUAUCGAUUGGGGACUAUUUGUGGAGGAAUGUAACUGAUGAUUUGGGAGGUUUUAUUUGUGCUUCCAUUCCUGUGGCGGUCCUCAUGAGAGCCAGUUUCAUCAUAGCGCUUGAUGGUUUUUGCGACUGCGCUUGAAGAAACUUGAAGUUCUUGAAAUGUUCCGUAUUGACUGACCUUCAUGUCUUAAAGUAAUGAUGGACUGUUGUUUCUCUUUGCUUAUUUGAGCUGUUCUUGCCAUAAUAUGUACUUGGUCUUUUACCAAAUAGGGCUAUCUUCUGUAUACCCCCCCUACCUUGUCACAACACAACUGAUUGGCUCAAACGCAUUAAGAAGGAAAGGAAUUUCACAAAUUAACUUUUAAGAAGGCACAACUGUUAAUUGAAAUGCAUUCCAGGUGACUACCUCAUGAAGCUGGUUGAGAGAAUGCCAAGAUUGUGCAAAGCUGUCAUCAAGGCAAAGGGUGGCUAUUUGAAGAAUAUCAAAUAUAUUUUGAAUUGUUUAACACUUUUUUGGUUACUACAUGAUUCCAUAUGUGUUAUUUCAUAGUUUUGAUGUCUUCACUAUUAUUCUACAAUGUAGAAAAUAGUAAAAAUAAAGAAAUACCCUGGACUGAGUAGGUGUGUCCAAACUUCUGACUGGUACUGGCUUGCGAAAGUAUUCACCCCCCUUUGCAUUUUUCCUAUUUUGUUGCUUUACAACCUGGAAUUUAAUUGGAUUUUUGGGGGGUUUGUAUCAUUUGAUUUACACAACAUGCCUACCACUUUGAAGAUGCAAAAUAUUUUGGGGGGUGAAACAAACAAGAAAUAAGACAGAAAAACUGAAAACUUGAGCGUGCGUAACUAUUCACCCACCCAAAGUCAAUACUGUGUAGAGCCACCUUUUGCAGCAAUUACAGCUGCAAGUCUCUUAGGGUAUGUCUCUAUAAGCUUGGCACAUCUAGCCACUGGGAUUUUUGCCCAUUCUUCAAGGCAAAACUGCUCCAGCUCCUUCAAGUUGGAUGUGUUCCGCUGGUGUACAGCAAUCUUUAAGUCAUACCACAGAUUUUCAAUUGGAUUGAGGUCUAGGCUUUGACUAGGCCAUUCCAAGACAUUUAAAUGUUUCCCCUUAAACCACUGGAGUGUUGCUUUAGCAAUAUGCUUAGGGUCAUUGUUCUGCUGGAAGGUGAACCUCCGUCCCAGUCUCAAAUCUCUGGAAGACUGAAACAGGUUUCCCUCAAGAAUUCCUUCAAUUCUGACCAGUUUCCCAGUCCCUGCCGAUGGAAAACAUCCCCACAGCAUGAUGCUGCCACCACCAUGCUUCACUGUGUGGAUGGUGUUCUCGGGGUGAUGAGAGGUGUUGGGUUUGCGCCAGACAUAGCGUUUUCCUUGAUGGCCAAAAAGCUCAAUUUUAGUCUCAUCUGACCAGAGUACCUUCUUCCAUAUGUUUGGGGAGUCUCCCACAUGCCUUUUGGCGAACACCAAACGUGUUUGCUUAUUUUUUCUUGUAAGCAAUGGCUUUUUUCUGGUCACUCUUCCGUAAAGCCCAGCUCUGUGGAGUGUACAGCUUAAAGUGGUCCUAUGGACAGAUACUCCAAUCUCCGCUGUGGAGCUUUGCAGCUCCUUCAGGGUUAUCUUUGGUCUCUUUGUUGCCUCUCUGAUUAAUGCCCUCCUUGCCUGGUCCGUGAGUUUUGGUGGGCGGCCCUCUCUUGGCAAGUUUGUUGUGGUGCCAUAUUCUUUCCAUUUGUUAAUAAUGGAUUUAAUGGUGCUCCGUGGGAUGUUAAAAGUUUUUGAUAAUUUUUUAUAACCCAACCCUGAUCUGUACUUCUCCACAACUUUGUCCCUGACCUGUUUGGAGAGCUCCUUGGUCUUCAUGGUGCCGCUUGCGUGGUGGUGCCCCUUGCUUAGUGGUGUUGCAGACUCUGGGUGUAUAUAUACUGAGAUCAUGUGACAGAUCAUGUGACACUUAGAUUGCACACAGGUGGACUUUAUUUAACUAAGUAUGUGACUUCUGAAGGUACUUGGUUGCACCAGAUAUUAUUUGGGGGCUUCAUAGCAAAGGGGGUGAAUACAUAUGCACGCACCACUUUUCUGUUAUUAAUUUUUUAUAAUUGUUUGAAAUAAGUAAUUUUUUUCAUUUCACUUCACCAAUUUGGACUAUUUUGUGUAUGUCCAUUACAUGAAAUCCAAAUAAAAAUCAAUUUAAAUUACAGGUUGUAAUGCAACAAAAUAGGAAAAACGACAAGGGGGAUGAAUACUUUUGCAAGGCACUGUAUAUAUACAGUUGAAGUCAGAAGUUUACAUACACUUAGGUUGGAGUCAUUAAAACUUGUUUUUCAACCACUCCACAAAUUUCUUGUUAACAAACUAUAGUUUUGGCAAGUCGGUUAGGACAUCUACUUUGUGCAUGACACAAGUAAUUUUUUCAACAAUUGUUUACCGACAGAUUAUUUCACUUAUAAUUCACUGUAUCACAAUUCCA